UUUUAUUUAUAACUUUUUAAAUGGAUUAUUAUCUUCAGCAUUUAGUAAUUUUUUAAUUUUUUCCUCAGAAUCUUGUCCUUCUAUUGUUAUUAGCGUUAUUUCCAAUAUUAAUUUAUUUUUUCUCCCAAAUUUCAACAUUUUUAUUUAACAUUUCCCUACACAUUUGUAAAUAUUUUUAUUUUAAUCAUUUUUAAAAUGUUAUUAUUGUCUAAAUUUCUAAGUAACUGGCGAAAACUCCCUGACUUAUCAUGUUUGAAUUCAAAUCGUCCACUGUUUUUAUAUUUGUACUCCAAAUCUAACCUUCUUAACUCUGAUUUCUCUGAAAUAUUCUCAACAGAUGAUAAAAUCGUGGAUUCUGUGAAAAAUCAAGGCGUUGAAUGCUACUCUGAGGAUAUCUCUCGUAUCCCUUGCAAACUCAUUGAUAAGUUUGAAGUUACCACAGUCCCAUCUAUUUUGGCUAUUCUAAAUGGCUCUAAAGUAGGCCAGAUCGUCAAAGGCUCAGGAUUAGAGUCGUUUGUUGCACUUAGUCAGAGGUUAAAAAACGAAACAAACCCAACUGAAAGUGCACUAGUAACUAACUUAAGGGAUCUCAUAUCACAUGGUAACCCUAAAGAUAUCCGUGCCAACAUUUCCUUUAUAAAAAACAAUUUUGUGAGGGAACUUGAGGUGGAUCCUACCCUGUUUAGGCUAUUUUCAGAAGGCUCAAUACUAUCACAUAACAAUAAUGAAUAUUCUCUAGAGACCUUAAAAAAAGAUUUAUCCACUAUCAACAUCUUUCUUAAGCAAGUUGAGGACUCUAAAUCAUCCUACAUCAUUACAGGAAAAUUAAUCACACAGGCACCCACUGAAAUACAGACAUUAGCUGACAAAUAUAAUUCACUAUUAAGUGGUUCUGAGAGAUUAAGUAUUAUUAAAGAUGGGUUAAAAAAGGUUUACAGACUAAAAGUUAAGAUUCUUGAACUGAUUUCAGUAAAGCAUUUCAUUAAAAAGAACAUGGAAGAAUCAAUCAAGUGUGCGCUUGACUCCUACAAAACGAACGUGGAUCUACUCCAAAAGGAUAUGAUCACACUGCAUGAAUUCCAUUCGUGCGAAACAAAGGAAGUUUUGGAAUCAUUACUUUUUCUUCUGGAUCCUUAUGACAUAUGUUCUCUGGAAACGAGAGCUGAGCUUGAAAACGUGUUAGGCCCAAGACUUCUGAAUGAAAUCCCAGUUAGUCAGAGACCACUAGGUGGAGUUACAAAGAAACGCCGUGGCUUUGGAGGGAGGUAUAUUUGGCAAGGAAUACACUACAGACCUAAACGAUAUAAGCCUAAAAACCUAAAACAGUACCUUAACGAGUGGCGCUGUGUACACGACUCAAACCCACCCUCAUUUAACUGAUUCUAAUAUUUUCAUAACGUGAA